AUGAAAAAGUUUAGUCCUUUAGUUAUUUGUGGGCCAUCGGGUGUAGGGAAAGGAACCCUAAUAAAAAAACUGUUUAAUGAGUUCUCUAACCAUUUUAGAUUUUCAAUUAGUUGUACAACUAGAAAUAAAAGAGAAUAUGAAAAAGAUGGAGUAGAUUAUUAUUUUAUAAAUAAAGAGGAGUUUGAAGAAAAAAUAAAAAAUAAACAAUUUUUAGAAUAUGAUAGAUAUGCAAAUAAUUUAUAUGGAACCUUAAAAACAGAAUAUGAUCAAGCUGAAAAAGAAAAUAAAAUAUGUUUAUUUGAAAUGAAUAUAAAUGGAGUUAAACAACUUAAGCAAUGUGAAUAUGUAAACCGUGCUAUAUAUAUAUUUAUAAAACAACCAAAUACUAAUGUCAUUUUAAAUAGAUUGAAAAAGAGAAAUACUGAAACAGAAGAACAAAUAAAUACACGUAUGCAUGAAUUAACGAGAGAAAUUGAAGAAGCAAAUACAUUGGGGUUUGAUUUUUUUCUAAUAAAUGAUGAGGUUGAAAAGGCAUAUAGUGAUUUAAAAAAUUAUUUAAUGAAGUCUUACUCCCACUUGAGAAGUGAAACAGAAAAGGCAGAAUAA